AUGGGAAUACAGGGGGUUACAAGGGGUUACAAGGGGUUACAAGGGGUUACAGGGAAUUACAAGGGGUCACAAGGGGUGACAGGAGGUGAUAAAGGGUUACAGUGGGUUACAAAGGAUUAUAGAAACUUUUUUCUAACUAGAACGUUCCCAGAUACUUUUUCUUGGUCUAUUUCUCAUAAAAAUCAAAGUUGAAGAAAUCUCUAAUUUUUGAUCAAAACGAUGGGUUAACCCCUUUGGAAAAAUUAUAAUUUUGCGUUUUUCGUAAACAGUUGUUUUUAUAGUCUUUAAAGGCUUCUUUUUUAUCUAGAACGUCAGCAAACACUUUUUCUCGAUCUAUUUUUGAUUAAUACAAAAGAUGAAAAAACGAUCUAUGACAUGGGAAUACAGGGGGUUAUAAAAGGGGUUACAGGGGGUUACAAGGGGUUACAAGGGGUUACAGUGGCUUACAAGGGGUUACAAUUGGUGACAGGGGGUGACAAGGGGUUACAGGGGGUUACAAAGGAUUAUAGAAACUUUUUUCUAACUAGAACGUUCUCAGAUACUUUUUCUUGGUCUAUUUUGCAUAAAAAUCAACGUUGAACAAAUCUCUGAUUUUUGAUCAAAACGAUGGACUAACCCCUUUGGAAAAAUUCUAAUUUUGCGUUUUUCGUAAACAGUUGUUUUUAUAGUCUUUAAAGGCUUCUUUUUUAUCUAGAACGUCAGCAAACACUUUUUCUCCAUCUAUUUUUGAUAAAUACAAAAGAUGAAAAAACUUCAACUUUUUGACCAAAAUCAUGGACUAUCCCCUUUGCAAAAAUGCCAAUUUUCCCUUCUGUUUAAAUCCAUGUUUAUAUUGUCCAGAAAGCAUUGUUUUCUAACGACAACGUCACCAAAUACUUUUUCUGGGUGUAUUUUGCAUAAAACGAAACGUUCUCAAAAUUUCCAAUUUUUGACCAAAACCAUGGACUAACCCCUUUCCAAAAAUGCCAAUUUUGUGGGUUUUUGAAACCGAUGUUUUUCUUGUUCAGAAAGGCUUGUUUGCUAUACAAAACGUCGAAAAUCUUUUUUCACGACUUAUUUUAACGAUCUAUGACAUGGAAAUACAGGGGGUUACAAGGGGUUACAGAGGGUUACAAGGGGUUACAAGGGGUUACAGGGGGUUACAAGGGCUUACAAGGGGUGACAGGGGGUGAAAAGGGGUUACAGGGGGUUAAAAGCAUUAUGGAAACUUUUUUCUAUCUAGACCGUUCCCAGAUACUUUUUCUUGGUCUAUUUUGCAUAAAAAUUAAAGUUGAUCAAAUCUCUAAUUUUUGAUCAAAACGAUGGACUAACCCCUUUGGAAAAAUUCUAAUUUUGCAUUUUUGGUAAACAGUUGUUUUUAUAGUCUUUAAAGGCUUCUUUUUUAUCUAGAACGUCAGCAAACACUUUUUCUCGAUCUAUUUUUUAUUAAUACAAAAGAUGAAAAAACGAUCUAUAACAUGGGAAUACAGGGGGUUAUAAAAAGGGUUUCAGGGGAUUACAAGGGGUUACAAGGGGUUACAAUUGGUGACAGGGGGUGACAAGGGGUUACAGGGGGUUACAAAGGAUUAUAGAAACUUUUUUCUAACUAGAACGUUCCCAGAUACUUUUUCUUCGUCUAUUUUGCAUAAAAAUCAAAGUUGAAGAAAUCUCUGAUUUUUGAUCAAAACGAUAGACUAACCCCUUUGGAAAAAUUCUAAUUUUGCGUUUUUCGUAAACAGUUGUUUUUAUAGUCUUUAAAGGCUUCUUUUUUAUCUAGAACGUCAGCAAACACGUUUUCUCCAUCUAUUUUUGAUAAAUACAAAACAUGAAAAAACUUCAACUUUUUGACCAAAAUCAUGGACUAUCCCCUUUGCAAAAAUGCCAAUUUUGCCUUCUUUUUAAAUCCAUGUUUAUAUUGUCUAAAAAGGCUUGUUUUCUAACGACAACGUCACCAAAUACUUUUUCUGGGACUAUUUUGCAUAAAACGAAACCUUCACAAAAUUUCCAAUUUUUGACCAUAACAAUGGACUCACCCCUUUGCAAAAAUGCCAAUUUUGUGGGUUUUUGAAACCGAUGUUUUUCUUUUUCAGAAAGACUUCUUUGCUAUAUAAAACGUCGAAAAUCGUUUUUUCACGAUUUAUUUUCACGAUCUAUGACAUGGGAAUACAGGGGGUUACAAGGGGUUACAGGGGGUUACAAGGGGUUACAAGGGGUUACAAGGGGUUACAGGGAGUUACAAGGGGUCACAAGGGGUGACAGGGGGUGAUAAAGGGGUACAGUGGGUUAAAAAGGACUAUACAAACUUUUUUCUAACUAGAACGUUCCCACAUACUUUUUCUUGGACUAUUUCUCAUAAAAAUCAAAGUUGAAGAAAUCUCUAAUUUUUGAUCAAAACAAUGGGUUAACCCCUUUGGAAAAAUUCUAAUUUUGCGUUUUUCGUAAACAGUUGUUUUUAUAGUCUUUAAGGGCUUCUUUUUUAUUUAGAACGUCAGCAAACACUUUUUCUUUAUCUAUUUUUGAUAGAUACAAAACAUGAAAAAACGUCAACUUUUUGACCAAAAUCAUGGACUAUCCCCUUUGCAAAAAAGCCAAUUUUGCCUUCUUUUUAAAUCCAUGUUUAUAUUGUCUAGACAGGCUUGUUUUCUAACGAGAACGUCUCCAAAUACUUUUUCUGGGUCUAUUUUGCAUAAAACGAAACGUUUACAAAAUUUCCAAUUUUUGACCAAACCCAUGGACUAAUCCCUUUCCAAAAAUCCCAAUUUUGCGGGUAUUUGAAACCGUUGUUUUUCUUGUUCAGAAAGGCUUGUUUGCUUUAUAAAACGUCCAAAAUCGUUUUUUCACGAUUUAUUUUCACGAUCUAUGACAUCGGAAUACAGGGGGUUACAAGGGGUGACAGGGGGUAAUAAAGGGUUACAGUGGGUUAAAAAGGAGUAUAGAAACUUUUUUCUAACUAGAACGUUCCCACAUACUUUUUCUUGGUCUAUUUUUCAUAAAAAUCAAAGUUAAAGAAAUGUCUAAUUUUCGAUUAAAACGAUGGGUUAACCCCUUUGGAAAAAUUCUAAUUUUGCGUUUUUCGUAAACAGUUGUUUUUAUAGUCUUUAAAGGCUUCUUUUUUAUCUAGAACGUCAGCAAACACUUUUUCUCCAUCUAUUUUUGAUAAAUACAAAAGAUGAAAAAACUUCAACUUUUUGACCAAAAUCAUCGACUAUCCCCUUUCCAAAAAGGCCAAUUUUGCCUUCUUUUUAAAUCCAUGUUUAUAUUGUCUAGAAAGGCUUGUUUCCUAACGAGAACGUCACCAAAUACUUUCUCUGGGUGUAUUUUGCAUAAGACGAAACGUUCACAAAAUUUCCAAUUUUUGACCAAAACCACGGACUAACCCCUCUGCAAAAAUGCCAAUUUUGUGGGUUUUUGAAACCGAUGUUUUUCUUGUUCAGAAAGGCUUCUUUGCUAUAUAAAACGUAGAAAAUCGUUUUUUCACGAUUUAUUUUUACGAUCUAUGACAUGGUAAUACAGGGGGUUACAAGGGGUUACAGGGGGUUACAAGGGGUUACAAGGGGUUACAAGGGGUUACAGGGAGUUACAAGGGGUCACAAGGGGUGACAGGGGGUGAUAAAGGGGUACAGUGGGUUACAAAGGAUUAUACAAACUUUUUUCUAACUAGAACGUUCCCAGAUACUUUUUCUUGGUCUAUUUCUCAUAAAACUCAAAGUUAAAGAAAUCUCUAAUUUUUGAUCAAAACAAUGGGUUAACCCCUUUGGAAAAAUUCUAAUUUUGCGUUUUUCGUAAACAGUUGUUUUUAUAGUCUUUAAAGGCUUCUUUUUUAUCUAGAACGACAGCAAACACUUUUUCUCCAUCUAUUUUUGAUAAAUACAAAAGAUGAAAAAACUUCAACUUUUUGAUCAAAAUCAUGGACUAUCCCCUUUGCAAAAAUGCCAAUUUUGCCUUCUUUUUUAAUCCAUGUUUAUAUUGUCUAGAAAGGCUUGUUUUCUAACGAGAACGUCACCAAAUACUUUUUCUGGGUGUAUUUUGCAUAAAACGAAACGUUCUCAAAAUUUCCAAUUAUUGACCAAAACCAUGGACUAGCCCCUUUCCAAAAAUGCCAAUUUUGUGGGUUUUUGAAACCGAUGUUUUUCUUGUUCAGAAAGGCUUGUUUGCUAUACAAAACGUCGAAAAUCGUUUUUUCACGACUUAUUUUCACGAUCUAUCACAUGGAAAUACAGGGGGUUACCAGGGGUUACAGAGGGUUACAAGGGGUUACAAGGGGUUACAAGGGGUUACAUGGGGUUACAAGGGCUUACAAGGGGUGACAGGGGGUGACAAGGGGUUACAGGGGGUUAAAAGCAUUAUGGAAACUUUUUCCUAUCUAGACCGUUCCCAGAUACUUUUUCUUGGUGUAUUUUUCAUAAAAAUUAAAGUUUAACAAAUCUCUAAUUUUUGAUUAAAACGAUGGACUAACCCCUUUGCAAAAAUGCCAAUUUUGUGGGUUUUUGAAAGCGAUGUUUUUCUUGUUCAGAAAGGCUUGUUUGCUAUAUAAAACGUCGAAAAUCAUUUUUUCACGAUUUCUUUUCACGAUCUAUGACAUGGGAAUACAGGGGGUUACACGGGGUUACAGGGGGUUACAAGGGGUUACAAGGGGUUACAAGGGGUUACAGGGGGUUAAAACGGCUGACAGGGGGUGACAAGGGGUUACACGGGGUUACAAAGGAUUAUAGAAACUUUUUUCUAACUAGAACGUUCCCAGAUACUUUUUCUUCGUCUAUUUUGCAUAAAAAUCAAAGUUGAACAAAUCUCUAAUUUUUGAUCAAAACCAUAGAUUAACCCCUUUGGAAAAAUUGUAAUUUUGCGUUUUUCGUAAACAGUUGUUUUUAUAGUCUUUAAAGGCUUCUUUUUUAUCUAGAACGUCAGCAAACACUUUUUCUCGAUCUAUUUUUGAUUAAUACAAAAGAUGAAAAAACGAUCUAUGACAUGGGAAUACAGGGGGUUAUAAAAGGGGUUACAGGGGGUUACAAGGGGUUACAAGGGGUUACAGUGGCUUACAAGGGGUUACAAUUGGUGACAGGGGGUGACAAGGGAUUACAGGGGGUUACAAAGGAUUAUAGAAACUUUUUUCUAACUAGAACGUUCCCAGAUAUUUUUUCUUGGUCUAUUUUGCAUAAAAAUCAAAGUUGAAGAAAUCUCUGAUUUUUGAUCAAAACGAUGGACUAACCCCUGGGGAAAAAUUCUAAUUUUGCGUUUUUCCUAAACAGUUGUUUUUAUAGUGUUUAAAGGCUUCUUUUUUAUCUAGAACGUCAGCAAACACUUUUUCUCGAUCUAUUUUUGAUUAAUACAAAAGAUGAAAAAACGAUCUAUGACAUGGGAAUACAGGGGGUUAUAAAAGGGGUUACAGGGGGUUACAAGGGGUUACAAGGGGUUACAGUGGCUUACAAGGGGUUACAAUUGGUGAGAGGGGGUGACAAGGGGUUACAGGGGGUUACAAAGGAUUAUAGAAACUUUUUUCUAACUAGAACGUUUCCAGAUAUUUUUUCUUGGUCUAUUUUGCAUAAAAAUCAAAGUUGAAGAAAUCUCUGAUUUUUGAUCAAAACGAUGGACUAACCCCUUUGGAAAAAUUCUAAUUUUCCGAUUUUCCUAAACAGUUGUUUUUAUAGUCUUUAAAGGCUUCUUUUUUAUCUAGAACGUCAGCAAACCCUUUUUCUCGAUCUAUUUUUGAUUAAUAAAAAAGAUGAAAAAACGAUCUAUGACAUGGGAAUACAGGGGGUUAUAAAAGGGGUUACAGGGGUUUACAAGGGGUUACAAGGUGUUACAGUGGCUUACAAAGGGUUACAAUUCGUGACAGGGGGUGACCAGGGGUUACCGGGGGUUACAAAGGAUUAUAGAAACUUUUUUCUAACUAGAACGUUCCCAGAUAUUUUUUCUUGGUCUAUUUUGCAUAAAAAUCAAAGUUGAAGAAAUCUCUGAUUUUUGAUCAAAACGAUGGACUAACCCCUUUGGAAAAAUUCUUAUUUUGCGUUUUUUGUAAACAGUUGUUUUUAUAGUCUUUAAAGGCUUCUUUUUUAUCUAGAACGUCAGCAAACACUUUUUCUCCAUCUAUUUUUGAUAAAUACAAAAGAUGAAAAAACUUCAACUUUUUGACCAAAAUCAUGGACUAUCCCCUUUGCAAAAAUGCCAAUUUUGCCUUCUUUUUAAAUCCAUGUUUAUAUUGUCAAAAAGGCUUGUUUUCUAACGACAACGUCACCAAAUACUUUUUCUGGGUGUAUUUUGCAUAAAACGAAACGUUCACAAAAUUUCCAAUUUUUGACCAAAACCAUGGACUAACCCCUUUCCAAAAAUCCCAAUUUGGUGGGUUUUUGAAACCGAUGUUUUUCUUGUUCAGAAAGGCUUGUUUCCUAUAUAAAACGUCGAAAAUCGUUUUAUCACGAUUUAUUUUCACGAUCUAUGACAUGGGAAUACAGGGGGUUACAAGGGGUUACAGAGGGUUACAAGGGGUUACAAAGGGUUACAAGGGGUUGCAAGGGGUUACAGGGGGUUACAAGGGGUGAAAAGGGGUGACAAGGGGUUACAGGGGGUUACAAAGGAUUAUAGAAACUUUUUUCUAACUAGAAGGUUCCCAGAUACUUUUUCUUGGUCUAUUUUGCAUAAAAAUCAAAGUUGAACAAAUCUCUAAUUUUUGAUCUAAACCAUAAACUACCCCUUUUGGAAAAAUUCCAAUUUUGCGUUUUUCGUAAACAGUUGUUUUUAUAGUCUUUAAAGCCUUCUUUUUUAUUUAGAACGUCAGCAAACACUUUUUCUCGAUCUAUUUUUGAUAAAUACAAAAGAUGAAAAAAUUGAACUUUUUGACCAAAACCAUGGACUAACCCCGUUCCCAAAAUGCCAAUUUUGUGGGUUUUUGAAACCCAUGUUUUUCUUGUUCAGAAACGCUUGUUUGCUAUACAAAACGUCGAAAAUCGUUUUCUCACGAUUUAUUUUCACGACCUAUGACAUGGGAAUAAAGGGGGUUACAAGGUGUUACAAGGGGUUACAGGGGGUUACAAGGGGUUACAAGGGGUGACCGGCUAUUACAAGGGGUUACAGGGGGUUACAAAGGAUUAUAGAAACUCUUUUCUAACUAGAUCGUUCCCACAUACUUUUUCUUGGUCUAUUUUGCAUAAAAAUCAAAGUUGAACAAAUCUCUAAUUUUUAAUCAAAACGAUGGACUAACCCCUUUGGAAAAAUUCUAAUUUUGCGUUUUUCGUAAACCGUUGUUUUUAUAGUCUUUAAAGGCUUCUUUUCUAUCUAGAACGUCAGCAAACACUUUUUCUCCAUCUAUUUUUGAUAAAUACAAAAGAUGAAAAAACUUCAACUUUUUGACCAAAAUCAUGGACUAUCCCCUUUGCAAAAAAGCCAAUUUUGCCUUCUUUUUUAAUCCAUGUUUAUAUUGUCUAGACAGGCUUGUUUUCUACCGAGAACGUCUCCAAAUACUUUUUCUGGGUCUAUUUUGCAUAAGACGAAACGUUUACAAAAUUUCCAAUUUUUCACCAAAACCAUGGACUAACCCCUUUUGCAAAAAUGCCAAUUUUGUGGGUUUUUGAAACAGAUGUUUUUCUUGUUCAGAAAGGCUUGUUUCCUGUAUAAAACGUCGAAAAUCGUUUUUUCACGAUUUAUUUUCACGAUCUAUGACAUGGGAAUACAGGGGAUUACAAGGGGUUACAGAGGAUUACAAGGGGUUACAAAGGGUUACAAGGGGUUACAAGGGGUUACAAGGGGUUACAGGGGGUUACCAGGGGUGACAAGGGGUGACAAGGGGUUACAGUGGCUUACAAGGGGUUACAAUUGGUGACAGGGGGUGACAAGGGGUAACUGGGGGUUACAAAGGAUUAUAGAAACUUUUUUCUAACUAGAACGUUCCCAGAUAUUUUUUCUUGGUCUAUUUUGCAUAAAAAUCAAAGUUGAAGAAAUCUCUGAUUUUUGAUCAGAACGAUGGACUAACCCCUUUCGAAAAUUUCUAAUUUUGCGUUUUUCGUAAACAGUUGUUUUUAUAGUCUUUAAAGGCUUCUUUUUUAUCUAGAACGUCAGCAAACACUUUUUCUCUAUCUAGUUUUGAUAAAUACAGGUUACAGGGGGUUACAAGGGUUUACAAGGGGUUACAUGGGGUUACAAGGGCUUACAAGGGGUGACAAAGGGGGGCCCAGGGGUUACAGGGGGUUAAAAGCAUUAUGGAAACUUUUUUCUAUCUAGACCGUUCCCAGAUACUUUUUCUUGGUCUAUUUUUCAUAAAAAUUAAAGUUGAUCAAAUCUCUAAUUUUUGAUCAAAACGAUGGACUAACCCAUGUGGAAAAAUUCUAAUUUUGCGUUUUUCGUAAACAGUUGUUUUUAUAGUCUUUAAAGGCUUCUUUUUUAUCUAGAACGUCAGCAAACACUUUUUCUCGAUCUAUUUUUGAUUAAUACAAAAGAUGAAAAAACGAUCUAUGACAUGGGAAUACAGGGGGUUAUAAAAGGGGUUACAGGGGGUUACAAGGGGCUACAAGGGGUUACAGUGGCUUACAAGGGGUUACAAUUGGUGACAGGGGGUGACAAGGGAUUACAGGGGGUUACAAAGGAUUAUAGAAACUUUUUUCUAACUAGAACGUUCCCAGAUAUUUUUUCUUGGUCUAUUUUGCAUAAAAAUCAAAGUUGAAGAAAUCUCUGAUUUUUGAUCAAAACGAUGGACUAACCCCUGUGGAAAAAUUCUAAUUUUGCGUUUUUCCUAAACAGUUGUUUUUAUAGUCUUUAAAGGCUUCUUUUUUUUAUCUAGAACGUCAGCAAACACUUUUUUCUCGAUCUAUUUUUGAUUAAUACAAAAGAUGAAAAAAACGAUCUAUGACAUGGGAAUACAGGGGUUAUAAAAGGGGGUUACAGGGGGUUACAAGGGGUUACAAGGGGUUACAGUGGCUUACAAGGGGUUACAAUUGGUGACAGGGGGUGACAAGGGGUUACCGGGGGUUACAAAGGAUUAUAGAAACUUUUUUCUAACUAGAACGUUCCCAGAUAUUUUUUCUUGGUCUAUUUUGCAUAAAAAUCAAAGUUGAAGAAAUCUCUGAUUUUUGAUCAAAACAAUGGACUAACCCCUUUGGAAAAAUUCUAAUUUUGCGUUUUUCGUAAACAGUUGUUUUUAUAGUAUUUAAAUGCUUCUUUUUUAUCUAGAACGUCAGCAAACACUUUUUCUCCAUCUAUUUUUGAUAAAUACAAAAGAUGAAAAAACUUCAACUUUUUGACCAAAAUCAUGGACUAUCCCCUUUGCAAAAAUGCCAAUUUUGCCUUCUUUUUAAAUCCAUGUUUAUAUUGUCAAAAAGGCUUGUUUUCUAACGAAAACGUCUCCAAAGACUUUUUCUGGGUGUAUUUUGCAUAAAACGAAACGUUCACAAAAUUUCCAAUUUUUGACCAAAACCAUGGACUAACCCCUUUGCAAAAAUGCCAAUUUUGUGGGUUUUUGAAACCGAUGUUUUUCUUGUUCAGAAAGGCUUGUUUGCUAUAGAAAACGUCGAAAAUCGUUUUUUCACGAUUUAUUUUCACGAUCUAUGACAUGGGAAUACAGGGGGUUACAAGGGGUUACAGAGGGUUACAAGGGGUUACAAGGGGUGACAGGGGGUGACAAGGGGUUACACUGGGUUACAAAGCACUAUAGAAACUUUUUUCUAUCUAGAACGUUUCCAGAUACUUUUUCUUCGUCUAUUUUGCAUAAAAAUCAAAGUUAAAGAAAUCUCUAAUUUUUGAUCAAAACCAUGGACUAACCCUUUGGAAAAAUUCUUAUUUUGCGUUUUUCGUAAACAAUCGUUUUUAUAGUCUUUAACGGCUUCUUCUUUAUCUAGAACGUCAGCAAACACUUUUUCUCCAUCUAUUUUUGAUAAAUACAAAAGAUGAAAACACUUCAACUUUUUGACCAAAAUCAUGGACUAUCCCCUUUGCAAAAAUGCCAACUUUGCCUCCUUUUUUAGUCCAUCUUUAUAUUAUCUAGAAAGGCUUGUUUUCUAACGACAACGUCACCAAAUACUUUUUCUGGGUGUAUUUUGUAUAAAACGAAACGUUCACAAAAUUUCCAAUUUUUGACCAAAACCAUGGACUAACCCCUUUGCAAAAAUGCCUAUUUUGUGGGUUUUUGAAACCUAUGUUUUUCUUGUUCAGAAAGGCUUGUUUGCUAUAUAAAACGUCGAAAAUCGUUUUUUCACGAUUUAUUUUCACGAUCCAUCACAUGGGAAUACAGGGGGUUAAAAGGGGUUACAGGGGGUUACAAGGGGUUAUAAGGGGUGACAGGGGGAGAUAAGGGGUUACAGUGGGUUACAAAGGAUUAUAGAAACUUUUUUAUAACUAGAACGUUCCCAGAUACUUUUUCUUGGUCUAUUUUGCAUAAAAAUCAAAGUUGAACAAAUCUCUAAUUUUUGAUCAAAACGAUGGGUUAACCCCUUUGAAAAAAUUCUAAUUUUGCGUUUUUCGUAAACAGUUGUUUUUAUAGUCUUUAAAGGCUUCUUUUUUAUCUAGAACAUCAGCAAACACCUUUUCUCCAUCUAUUUUUGAUAAAUACAAAAGAUGAAAAAACUUCAACUUUUUGACCAAAAUCAAAGUCAGUUGUUUUGUAUAGUCUUUAAAGGCUUCUUUUUUAUCUAGAACGUCAGCAAACACUUUUUCUCCGUCUAUUUUUGAUAAAUACAAAAGAUGAAAAAACUUCAACUUUUUGAACAAAAUCAUGGACUAUCCCCUUUGCAAAAUUCCAUUUUUGCCUGCUUUUUAAAUCCAUGUUUAUAUUGUCUAGAAAGGCUUGUUUUCUAACGACAACGUCACCAAAUACUUUUUCUGGGUGUACUUUGAAUAAAACGAAACGUUCACAAAAUUUCCAAUUUUGACCAACACCAUGGACUAACCCCUUUGCAAAAAUGCCAAUUUUGUGGGUUUUUGAAACCGAUGUUUUUCUUGUUCAGAAAGCCUUGUUUGCUGUAUAAAACGUCGAAAAUCGUUUUUUCAUGAUUUAUUUUCACGAUCUAUGACAUGGGAAUACAGGGGGUUACAAGGGGUUACAGGAAGUUACAAGGGGUUACAAGGGGUUACAAGGGGUUACAGUGGGUUACAAGGGGUUACAAGGGGUGACAGGCGGUGAUAAGGGGUUACACUGGGUUACAAAGGAUUAUAGAAACUUUUAUCUAACUAGAACGUUCCCAGAUACUUUUUCUUGGUCUAUUUUGCAUAAAAAUCAAAGUUGAACAAAUCUCUAAUUUUUGAUCAAAACGAUGGGUUAACCCCUUUGGAAAAAUUCUAAUUUUGCGUUUUUCGUAAACGGUUGUUUUUAUAGUCUUUAAAGGCUUCUUUUUUAUCUAGAACAUCAGCAAACACCUUUUCUCCAUCUAUUUUUGAUAAAUACAAAAGAUGAAAAAACUUCAACUUUUUGACCAAAAUCAAAGUCAGUUGUUUUGUAUAGUCUUUAAAGGCUUCUUUUUUAUCUAGAACGUCAGUAAACACUUUUUCUCCAUCUAUUUUUGAUAAAUACAAAAGAUGAAAAAACUCCAACUUUUUGACCAAAAUCAUCGACUAUCCCCUUUGCAAAAAUGCCAAUUUUGCCUUCUUUUUCAAUCCAUGUUUAUAUUGUCUAGAAAGACUUGUUUCCUAACGAGAACGUCACCAAAUACUUUCUCUGGGUGUAUUUUGCAUAAAACGAAACGUUCAAAAAUUUCCAAUUUUUGACCAAAACCAUGGACUAACCCCUUUGCAAAAAUGCCAAUUUUGUGGGUUUUUGAAACCGAUGUUUUUCUUGUUCAGAAGGCCUUGUUUGCUGUAUAAAACGUCGAAAAUCGUUUUUUCAUGAUUUAUUUUCACGACCUAUGACAUGGGAAUACAGGGGGUUACAAUGGGUUACAGGAAGUUACAAGGGGUUACAAGGGGUUUCAAGGGGUUACAAGGGGUUACAAGGGGUUACAGGGGGUUACAAGGGGUUACAAGGGGUGACAGGCGGUGAUAAGGGGUUACACUGGGUUACAAAGGAUUAUAGAAACUUUUUUCUAACUAGAACGUUCCCAGAUACUUUUUCUUGGUCUAUUUUGCAUAAAAAUCAAAGUUGAACAAAUCUCUAAUUUUUGAUCAAAACGAUGGCUUAACCACUUUGGAAAAAUUCUAAUUCUGCGUUUUUCGUAAACAGUUGUUUUUAUAGUCUUUAAAGGCUUCUUUUUUAUCAAGAACGUCAGCAAACACUUUUUCUCCAUCUAUUUUUAAUCAAUACAAAACAUGAAAAAACUUCAACUUUUUGACCAAAAUCAUGGACUAUCCCCUUUGCAAAAAUGCCAAUUUUGCCUUCUUUUUAAGUCCAUGUUUGUAUUUUCUAGAAAGGCUUGUUUUCUAACAAGAACGUCACCAAAUACUUUUUCUGGGUGUAUUUUGCAUAAAACGAAACGUUCGCAAGAUUUCCAAUUUUUGACCAAAACCAUGGACUAACCCCUUUGCAAAAAUACCAACUUUGUGGGUUUUAGAAACCGAUAUUUUUCUUGUUCAGAAGGGCUUGUUUGCUAUAUAAAACGUCGAGAAUCGUUUUUUCACGAUUUAUUUUCACGAUCUAUGACUUGGGAAACAGGGGGUUACAAGGGGUUACAGGGGGCUACAAGGGGUUUCAAGGGGUUACAAGGGGUUACAACGGGUUACAGAGGGUAACAAGGGGUUAGAAAGGGUGACAGGGGGUGACAAUGGGUGUGCAGGGGCUUACAAAAGAUUAUAGAAACUUUUUUCUAACUAGAACGUUCCCAGAUACUUUUUCUUGGUCUAUUUUGCAUAAAAAUCAAAGUUGAAGAAAUCUCUAAUUUUUGAUCAAAAAUGCCAAUUUUGCCUUCUUUUUAAAUCCAUGUUUAUAUUGUCUAGAUAGGCUUGUUUUGUAACGACAACGUCACCAAAUACUUUUUCUGGGUGUAUUUUGCAUAAAACGAAACGUUCACAAAAUUUCCAAUUUUUGACCAAAACCAUGGACUAACCCCUUUGCAAAAAUGCCAAUUUUGUGGGUUUUUGAAACCGAUGUUUUUCUUGUUCAGAAAGGCUUGUUUGCUAUAUAAAACGUCGAAAAUCCUUUUUUCACGAUUUUUUUCAGGAUCUAUGACAUGGGAAUACAUCGGGUUACAAGGGGUUACAAGGGUUUACAAGGGGUUACAGGGGGUUACAAGGGGUGACAGGGGGUGACAAGGGGAACAGGGGGUUACAAAGGAUUAUAGAAACUUUUUUCUAACUAGAACGUUUUCUGAUACUUUUUCUUCGUCUAUUUUGCAUAAAAAUCAAAGUUAAAGAAAUCUCUAAUUUUUGAACAAAACGAUGGACUAACUCCUUUGGAAAAAUUCUAAUUUUGCGUUUUUCGUAAACAGUUGUGUUUAUAGUCUUUAAAGGCUUCUUUUUUAUCUAGAACGUCAGCAAACACUUUUUCUCCAUCUAUUUUUGAUAAAUACAAAAGAUGAAAAAACCUUAACUUUUUGACCAAAAUCAUGGACUAUCCCCUUUGCAAAAAUGCCAAUUUUGCCUUCUUUUUAAAUCCAUGUUUAUGUCGUCUAGAAAGGCUUGUUUUCUAACGACAACGUCACCAAAGACUUUUUCUGGGCCUAUUUUGCAUAAAACGAAACGUUCACAAAAUUUCCAAUUUUUGACCAAAACCAUGGACUAACCCCUUUGCAAAAAUGCCAAUUUUGUGGGUUUUUGAAACCGCUGUUUUUCUUUUUCAGAAAGGCUUGUUUGCUAUACAAAACGUCGAAAAUCCUUUUUUCACGAUCUAUUUUCACGAUCUAUGACAUGGGAAUAAAGGGGGUUACAAGGGGUUACAGAGGGUUACAAGGGGUUACAGAGGGUUACAAGGGGUUACAAGGGGUUACAGGGGGUUACAAGGGGUUACAAGGGGUGACAGGGGGUGACAAGGGGUUACACUGGGUUACAAAGCGCUAUAGAAACUUUUUUCUAUCUAGAACGUUUCCAGAUACUUUUUCUUCGUCUAUUUUGCAUAAAAAUCAAAGUUGAACAAAUCUCUAAUUUUUGAUCAAAACGAUGGACUAACCCCUUUGGAAAAAUUCUAAUUUUGCGUUUUUCGUAAACAAUCGUUUUUAUAGUCUUUAAAGGCUUCUUUUUUAUCUAGAACGUCAGCAAACACUUUUUCUCCAUCUAUUUUUGAUAAAUACAAAAGAUGAAAAAACUUCUACUUUUUGACCAAAAUCAUGGACUAUCCCCUUUGCAAAAAUGCCAAUUUUGCCUCCUUUUUUAAUCCAUGUUUAUAUUGUCUAGAAAGGCUUGUUUUCAAACGAGAACGUCACCAAAUACUUUUUCUGGGCCUAUUUUGCAUAAAACGAAACGUUCACAAAAUUUCCAAUUUUUGACCAAAACCAUGGACUAACCCCUUUGCAAAAAUGCCAAUUUUGUGGGCUUUUGAAACCGAUGUUUUUCUUGUUCAGAAAGGCUUCUUUGCUAUAUAAAACGACGAAAAUCGUUUUUUCACGAUUUAUUUUCACGAUCUAUGACAUGGGAAUACAGGGGGUUACAAGGGGUUACAGGGGGUUACAAGGGGUUACAAGGGGUUACAAAGGGUUACAAGGGGUUACACGGGGUUACAAGGGGUUACAAAGGGGUGACAGGGGAUGAUAAGGGGUUACAGUGGGUUAUAGAGAAUUAUAGAAACUUUUUUCUAACUAGAACGUUCCCAGAUACUUUUUCUUGGUCUAUUUUGCAUAAAAAUCAAAGUUGAAGAAAACUCUAAUUUUUGAUCAAAACCAUGGGUUAACACCUUUGGAAAAAUUCUAAUUUUGCGUUUUUUGUAAACAGUUGUUUCUAUAGUCUUUAAAGGCUUCUUUUUUACCUAGAACGUCAGCAAACACUUUUUCUCCAUCUAUUUUUGAUAAAUACAAAACAUGAAAAAACUUCAACUUUUUGACCAAAAUCAUGGACUAUCCCCUUUGCAAAAAUGCCAAUUUUGCCUCCUUUUUAAGUCCAUCUUUAUAUUAUCUAGAAAGGCUUGUUUUCUAACGAGAACGUCACCAAAUACUUUUUCUGGGUGUAUUUUGCAUAAAACGAAACGUUCACAAAAUUUCCAAUUUUUGACCAAAACCAUGGACUAACCCCUUUGCAAAAAUGCCAAUUUUGUAGGUUUUUGAAACCGAUGUUUUUCUUUUUCAGAAAGGCUUGUUUGCUAUAUAAAACGUCGAAAAUCGUUUUUUCACGAUUUAUUUUCACGAUCCAUCACAUGGGAAUACAGGGGGUUAAAAGUGGUUACAGGGGGUUACAUGGGGUUAUAAGGGGUGACAGGGGGAGAUAAGGGGUUACAGUGGGUUACAAAGGAUUAUAGAAACUUUUUUCUAUCUAGAACGUUCCCAGGUACUUUUUCUUCGUCUAUUUUGCAUAAAAAUCAAAGUUGAAGAAAUCUCUAAUUUUUGAUCAAAACGAUGGGUUAACCCCUUUGGAAAAAUUCUAAUUUUGCCUUUUUCGUAAACAGUUGUUUUUAUAGUCUUUAAAGGCUUUUUUUUCAUCUAGAACGUCAGCAAACACUUUUUCUCCAUUUAUUUUUGAUAAAUACAAAAGAUGAAAAAACUUCAACUUUUUGAUCAAAAUCAUGGACUAUAUCCUUUGCAAAAAUGCCAAGUUUGCCUUCUUUUUAAAUCCAUGUUUAUAUUAUCUAGAAAGGCUUGUUUUCUAACGACAACGUCACCAAAUACUUUUUCUGGGUGUAUUUUGAAUAAAACGAAACGUUCACAAAAUUUCCAAUUUUUGACCAACACCAUGGACUAACCCCUUUGCAAAAAUACCAACUUUGUGGGUUUUUGAAACCGAUAUUUUUCUUGUUCAGAAAGGCUUGUUUGCUAUAUAAAACGUCGGGAAUCGUUUUUUCACGAUUUAUUUUCACGAUCUAUGACUUGGGAAUACAGGGGGUUUCAAGGGGUUACAGGGGGUUACAAGGGGUUACAAGGGGUUACAACGGGUUACAACGGGUUACAGAGGGUAACAAGGGGUUAGAAAGGGUGACAGGGGGUGACAAUGGGUUCCAGGGGGUUACAAAGGAUUAUAGAAACUUUUUUCUAACUAGAACGUUCCGAGAUACUUUUUCUUGGUCUAUUUUGCAUAAAAAUCAAAGUUGAAGAAAUCUCUAAUUUUUGAUCAAAACCAUGGACUAACCCCUGUGCAAAAAUGCCAAUUUUGCCUUCUUUUUAAAUCCAUGUUUGUAUUGUCUAGAUAGGCUUGUUUUGUAACGACAACGUCACCAAAUACUUUUUCUGGGUGUAUUUAGAAUAAAACGAAACGUUCACAAAAUUUCCAAUUUUUGUCUAAAACCAUGGACUAACCCCUUUGCAAAAAUGCCAAUUUUGUGGGUUUUUGAAAUCGCUGUUUUUCUUGUUCCGAAAGGCUUGUUUGCUAUAUAAAAGGUCGAAAAUCGUUUUUUCACGAUUUAUUUUCGCGAUCUAUGACAUGGGAACACAGGGAGUUACAAGGUGUUACAGGGGCUUACAAGGGUUUACAGGGGCUUACAAGGGGUUACAAGGAGUUACAAGGGGUUACAAGGAGUUACAAGGGGUUACAUGGGGUUACAAGGGGUUACAAGGGGUUACAAGGGGUUACAGGUGGUUACAAGGGAUUACAAGGGGUUAUAAGGGGUUACAGGGGGUUUCAAGGCGUUACAAGGGGUGACAGGGGAUGACAAGGGGUUACAGGGGGUUACAAAGGAUUAUAGAAACUUUUUUCCAUCUAGAACGUUCCCAGAUACUUUUUCUUGGUCUAUUUUGCAUAAAAAUCAGAGUUCAACAAAUGUCUAAUUUUUGAUCAAAACCAUAGAUUAACCCCUUUGGAAAAAUUCUAAUUUUGCGUUUUUCGUAAACAGUUGUUUUUAUACUCUUUAAAGGCUUCUUUUUUAUCUAGAACGUCAGCAAACACUUUUUCUCCAUCUAUUUUUGAUAAAUACAAAAGAUGAAAAAACUUCAACUUUUUGACCAAAAUCAUGGACUAUCCCCUUUGCAAAAAUGCCAAUUUUGCCUUCUGUUUAAAUCCAUGUUUAUAUUGUCAAGAAAGGCUUGUUUUCUAACGACAACGUCUCCAAAGACUUUUUCUGGGUGUAUUUUGCAUAAAACGAAACGUUCACAAAAUUUCCAAUUUUUGACCAAAACCAUGGACUAACCCCUUUGCAAAAAUGCCAAUUUUGUGGGUUUUUGAAACCGAUGUUUUUCUUGUUCAGAAAGGCUUGUUUGCUAUACAAAACGUCGAAAAUCGUUUUUUCACGAUCUAUGACAUGGGAAUACAGGAGGUUACAAGGGGUUACAGAGGGUUACAAGGGGUUACAAGGGGUUACAAGGGGUUACAAGGGGUUACAAGGGGUGACAGGGGGUGACAAGGGGUUACACUGGGUUACAAAGGAUUAUAGAAACUUUUUUCUAUCUAGAACGUUUCCAGAUACUUUUUCUUGGUCUAUUUUGCAUAAAAAUCAAAGUUGAACAAAUCUCUAAUUUUUGAUCAAAACGAUGGACUAACCCCUUUGGAAAAAUUCUUAUUUUCCGUUUUUUGUAAACAAUCGUUUUUAUAGUCUUUAAAGGCUUCUUUUUUUUCUACAACGUCAGCAAACACUUUUUCUCCAUCUAUUUUUGAUAAAUACAAAAGAUGAAAAAACUUCUACUUUUUGACCAAAAUCAUGGACUAUCCCCUUUGCAAAAAUGCCAAUUCUGCCUUCUUUUUUAAUCCAUGUUUAUAUUGUCUAGAAAGGCUUGUUUUCAAACGAGAACGUCUCCAAAUACUUUUUCUGGGCCUAUUUUGCAUAAAACGAAACGUUCACAAAAUUUCCAAUUUUUGACCAAAACCAUGGACUAACGCCUUUGCAAAAAUGCCAAUUUUGUGGGCGUUUGAAACCGAUGUUUUUCUUGUUCAGAAAAGCUUCUUUGCUAUAUAAAACGACGAAAAUCGUUUUUUCACGAUUUAUUUUCACGAUCUAUGACAUGGGAAUACAGGGGGUUACAAGGGGUUACAGGGGGUUAAAAAGGGUUACAAGGGGUUAUAAAGGGUUACAAGGGGUUACACGGGGUUACAAGGGGUUACAAAGGGGUGACAGGGGGUGAUAAGGGGUUACAGUGGGUUACAGAGGAUUAUAGAAACUUUUUUCUCUCCAGAACGUUACCAGAUACUUUUUCUUGGUCUAUUUUGCAUAAAAAUCAAAGUUCAACAAAUCUCUAAUUUUUGAUCAAGACGAUGGACUAACCCCUUUGGAAAAAUUCUAAUUUUGCGUUUUUGGUAAACAGUUGUUUUUAUAGUCUUUAAAGGCUUCUUUUUUAUCUAGAACGUCAGCAAACACUUUUUUGCGAUGUAUUUUUGAUAAAUACAAAAGACGAAAAAACUUCAACUUUUUGACCAAAAUCAUGGACUAUCCCCUUUGCAAAAAUGCCAAUUUUGCCUUCUUUUUAAAUCCAUGUUUAUAUUGUCUAGAAAGGCUUGUUUUCCAACGACAACGUCACCAAAUACUUUUUUUGGGUGUAUUUUGCAUAAAACGAAACGUUCACAAAAUUUCCAAUUUUUGACCAAAACCAUGGACUAACCCCUUUGCAAAAAUGCCAAUUUUGUGGGUUUUUAAAACCGAUGUUUUUCUUGUUCCGAAAGGCUUGUUUGCUAUAUAAAACGUCGAAAAUCGUUUUUUCACGAUUUAUUUUCACGAUCUAUGACAUGGGAAUAGAGGGGGUUACAAGGGGUUACAGGGGGUUACAAGGGGUUACAAGGGGUUACAGGGGGUUAAAACGGCUGACAGGGGGUGACAAGGGGUUACACGGGGUUACAAAGGAUUAUAGAAACUUUUUUCUAACUAGAACGUUCCCAGAUACUUUUUCUUGGUCUAUUUUGCAUAAAAAUCAAAGAGUAAGAAAUGUCUAAUUUUUGAUCAAAACCAUGGACUAACCCCUUUGGAAAAAUUCUAAUUUUGCGUUUUUGGUAAACAGUUGUUUUUAUAGUCUUUAAAGGCUUCUUUUUUAUCUACAACGUCAGCAAACACCUUUUCUCCAUCAAUUUUUGAUAAAUACAAAAGAUGAAAAAACUUCAACUUUUUGACUAAAAUCAUGGACUAUCCCCUUUGCAAAAAUGCCAAUUUUGCCUUCUCUUUAAAUCAAUGUGUAUAUUGUCUGGAAAGGCUUGUUUUCUAACGACAACGUCACCAAAUACUUUUUCUGGGUGUAUUUUGCAUAAAACGAAACGUUCACAAAAUUUCCAAUUUUUGACCAAAACCAUGGACUAACCCCUUUGCAAAAAUGCCAAUUUUGUGGGUUUUUGAAACCGAUGUUUUUCUUGUUCAGAAAGGCUUGUUUGCUAUAUAAAACGUCGAAAAUCUUUUUUUUCACGACUUAUUUUCUCGAUCUAUGACAUGGGAAUACAGGGGGUUACAAGGGGUUACAGGGGGUUACAAAGGGGUUACAAGGGGUUACAAGGGGUUACAGGGGGUUACAGCGGGUUACAAGGGGUUACAAGGGGUGACAGGGGGUGACAAGGGGUUACAAGGGGUUACAAAGGAUUAUAGAAACUUUUUCUAACUAGAACGUUCCCAGAUACUUUUUCUUGGUCUAUUUUGCAUAAAAAUCAAAGUUGAAGAAAUCUCUAAUUUUUGAUCAAGACCAUGGACUAACCCCUUUGCAAAAAUGCCAAUUUUGCCUUCUUUUUAAAUCCAUGUUUAUUUUGUCUAGAUAGGCUUGUUUUGUAACGACAACGUCUCCAAAUACUUUUUCUGGGUGUAUUUUGAAUAGAAUCGCAUAAUUAAGUAAAAUCUCGCAUUCUGAUUGGUUAACGAAGCGACGUAUUUAGUGUGGAAUUGCGAGUUGAAAACGAGGCUAAGCGAUAUUGUUUCGCAUCUACGUAACAACUAUCGUCAAAUUUUAACACAACAACAUGCAAAAAAGGUUUUCUACAAUGUCAUUUUAAAACCGGUUUUCAAAACCAUUCAUUGUCACUUUUUGACGAGUUAAAAACAAACAAAAGCGUUUUUUAAAGUGAGCCGGAGGUUCUUCCUUGUUUUGAACUGAACUACAGAUUCUCGAAGAGACAUAAAACCUCUUUCACUCGCGACAACCAGAAAACAAGAAAAUCCUGUGAACACGGCCCAGAAAAUGGCAAUCCAAAGUUCAACCAAACAAAACGGAGAAGCGACAACGGAGGAAGUGCCGGGGUCGAUUGUCGCAUAUACAGAAGAAGAAAUAAAUACCUUCAAAGAGGACAUGGCGCCUGAAAACACGAAAAAGAGUACGCCGCUUGCAAUCGUCCUGAAUCGUGGUACUUAGAAAAGUACAAAACAGAGCUGAACUUGAGCAGCAUUUCUAAAACAUUUCAAGGUACUUACCUUAUGUCAAUCGCGACGUUAAACAUGUUAAACUUUCAGUGCUUUCGCUUGGACACUUGAUUUCUUUCAGUUUUGCCGCCGAAGAGGUAAAAGGUGUAAAUUAUUUUCCUUCUCGAGCAAAUGACCAAUUUGAAAAAAGACGUUCUACAUAAACGGCUUCUAAAUUCAGUAAAAUACCUCUAUUUAUCCUUAAGAUUAGUGUGAAGCUUGUUUACAUGUAAAAAAGUUUGAAAACAAAUGUGAAAACAAGCACAAGGUACAAAAAAAGUUGUCGAAGGUUCAAACGUGUACGACUGACCUUGCUUCCUAUUCGCUAACGCAAUGACAGUUCUGACAGUUGACUUUGAAAUGGCUUUCUGGAGCGCGCGCUCAGGAUAAAAACAAACAAUAUUAUUGCUGUUUUCUUUUUUUUUCUUCUGAUUUUUAUUCAAUUAUGCGAUUCAAGGAAAAUUCAGUACCUGACUCGAGAAUUCCACGUUAAAUUGCACUUGAAAACCGAUAUCGCACUCAUCGCUUCGCGAUUCGUGCGAUAUCGGUUUUCGCGUGCAAUUUAACGUGGAAUUCCCUCGUCAGGUAAUGAAUUUUCCUAUAAAACGAAACGUUCACAAAAUUUCCAAUUUUUGUCUAAAACCAUGGACUAACCCCUUUGCAAAAAUGCCAAUUUUGUGGGUUUUUCAAACCGCUGUUUUUCUUGUUCCGAAAGGCUUGUUUGCUAUAUAAAACGUCGAAAAUCGUUUUUUCACGAUUUAUUUUCACGAUCUAUGACAUGGGAACACAGGGAGUUACAAGGUGUUACAGGGGCUUACAAGGGUUUACAGGGGCUUACAAGGGGUUACAAGGAGUUACAAGGGGUUACAAGGGGUUACAGGGGGUUACAAGGGGUUACAAGGGGUUACAGGUGGUUACAAGAGAUUACAAGGGGUUAUAAGGGGUUACAGGGGGUUACAAGGGGUUACAAGGGGUGACAGGGGGUGACAAGGGGUUACAGGGGGUUACAAAGGAUUAUAGAAACUUUUUUCCAUCUAGAACGUUCCCAGAUACUUUUUCUUGGUCUAUUUUGCAUAAAAAUCAAAGUUCAACAAAUCUCUAAUUUUUGAUCAAAACCAUAGAUUAACCCCUUUGGAAAAAUUCUAAUUUUGCGUUUUUCGUAAACAGUUGUUUUUAUACUCUUUAAAGGCUUCUUUUUUAUCUAGAACGUCAGCAAACACCUUUUCUCCAUCUAUUUUUCAUAAAUGCAAAAGAUGAAAAAACUUCAACUUUUUGACCAAAAUCAUGGACUAUCCCCUUUGCAAAAAUGCCAAUUUUGCCUUCUUUUUAAAUCCAUCUUUAUAUUAUCUAGAAAGGCUUGUUUUCUAACGAGAACGUCACCAAAUACUUUUUCUGGGUGUAUUUCGCAUAAAACGAAACGUUCACAAAAGUUUAAAUUUUUGACCAAAACCAUGGACUAACCCCUUUGCAAAAAUGCCAAUUUUGUGAGUUUUUGAAACCGAUGUUUUUCUUAUUCAGAAAGGCUUGUUUGCUAUAUAAAACGUCGAAAAUCGUUUUUUCACGAUUUAUUUUCACGAUCCAUCACAUGGGAAUACAGGGGGUUAAAAGGGGUUACAGGGGGUUACAAGGGGUUAUAAGGGGUGACAGGGGGAGAUAAGGGGUUACAGUGGGUUACAAAGGAUUAUAGAAACUUUUUUAUAACUAGAACGUUCCCAGAUACUUUUUCUUGGUCUAUUUUGCAUAAAAAUCAAAGUUGAAGAAAUCUCUAAUUUUUGAUCAAAACGAUGGGUUAACCCCUUUGGAAAAAUUCUAAUUUUGCGUUUUUCGUAAACAGUUGUUUUUAUAGUCUUUAAAGGCUUUUUUUCAUCUAGAACGUCAGCAAACACUUUUUCUCCAUCUAUUUUUGAUAAAUACAAAAGAUGAAAAAACUUCAACUUUUUGAUCAAAAUCAUGGACGAUAUCCUUUGCAAAAAUGCCAAGUUUGCCUUCUUUUUAAAUCCAUGUUUAUAUUAUCUAGAAAGGCUUGUUUUCUAACGACAACGUCACCAAAUACUUUUUCUGGGUGUAUUUUGAAUAAAACGAAACGUUCACAAAAUUUCCAAUUUUUGACCAACACCAUGGACUAACCCCUUUGCAAAAAUGCCAAUUUUGUGGGUUUUUGAAACCGAUGUUUUUCUUCUUCAGAAAGGCUUGUUUGCUAUACAAAACGUCGAAAAUCGUUUUUUCACGAUUUAUUUUCACGAUCUUUGACAUGGGAAUACAGGGGGUUACAAAGGGUUACAGAGGGUUACAAGGGGUUACAAGGAGUUACAAGGGGUUACAGGGGGUUACAAGGGGUUACAAGGGGUUACAAGGGGUGACACGGGGUAACAAUGCAAGGGGUUACAGGGGGUUACAAAGGAUUAUAAAAACUUUUUUCUAUCUAGAACGUUCCCAGAUACUUUUUCUUGGUCUAUUUUGCAUAAAAAUCAAAGUUAAAGAAAUCUCUAAUUUUUGAUCAAAACCAUGGCCUAACCCCUUUGGAAAAAUUCUAAUUUUGCGUUUUUCGUAACCAGUUGUUUUUAUAGUCUUUAAAGGCCUCUUUUUUGUCUACAACGUCAGCAAACACUUUUUCUCGAUCUAUUUUUGAUAAAUACAAAAGAUGAAAAAACUUCAACUUUUUGACCAAAAUCAUCGACUAUCGCCUUUGCAAAAAUGCCAAUUUUGCCAUCUUUUCAAAUCCAUGUUUAUAUUGUCUAGAAAGGCUUGUUUCCUAACGAGAACGUCACCAAAUACUUUCUCUGGGUGUAUUUUGCAUAAAACGAAACGUUCACAAAAUUUCCAAUUUUUGACCAAAACCAUGGACUAACCCCUUUCCAAAAAUGCCAAUUUUGUGGGUUUUUGAAAGCGAUGUUUUUCUUGUUCAGAAAGCCUUGUUUGCUGUAUAAAACGUCGAAAAUCGUUUUUUCAUGAUUUAUUUUCACGAUCUAUGACAUGGGAAUACAGGGUGUUACAAGGGGUUACAGGAAGUUACCAGGGGUUACAAAGGGUUACAAGGGGUUACAAGGGGUUACAAGGGGUUAUAAGGGGUUACAAGGGGUGACAGGCGGUGAUAAGGGGUUACACUGGGUUACAAAGGAUUAUAGGAACUUUUUUCUAACUAGAACGUUCCCAGAUACUUUUUCUUGGUCUAUUUUGCAUAAAAAUCAAAGUUGAACAAAUCUCUAAUUUUUGAUCAGAACGAUGGGUUAACCCCUUUGGAAAAAUUCUAAUUUUGCGUUUUUGGUAAACAGUUGUUUUUAUAGUCUUUAAAGGCAUCUUUUUUAUCUAGGACGUCAGCAAACACUUUUUCUCCAUCUAUUUUUAAUCAAUACAAAAGAUGAAAAAACUUCAACUUUUUGACCAAAAUCAUGGACUAUCCCCUUUGCAAAAAUGCCAAUUUUGCCUCCUUUUUAAGUCCAUGUUUGUAUUGUCUAGAAAGGCUUGUUUUCCAACGAGAACGUCACCAAAUACUUUUUCUGGCUGUAUUUUGCAUAAAACGAAACGUUCACAAAAUUUCCAAUUUUUGACCAAAACCAUGGACUAACCCCUUUGCAAAAAUACCAACUUUGUGGGUUUUUGAAACCGACGUUUUUCUUGUUUAGAAAGGCUUGUUUGCUAUAUAAAACGUCGAGAAUCGUUUUUUCACGAUUUAUUUUCAAGAUCUAUGACUUGGGAUUACAGGGGGUUACAAGGGGUUACAAGGGGUUACAACGGGUUACAGAGGGUAACAAGGGGUUAGAAAGGGUGACAGGGGGUGACAAUGGGUUGCAGGGGGUUACAAAGGAUUAUAGAAACUUUUUUCUAACUAAAACGUUCCCAGAUACUUUUUCUUGGUCUAUUUUGCAUAAAAAUCAAAGUUGAAGAAAUUUCUAAUUUUUGACCAAAAACCAAGGACUAACCCCUUUGCAAAAAUACCAACUUUGUGGGUUUUUGAAACCGAUGUUUUUCUUGUUCAGAAAGGCUUGUUUCCUAUAUAAAACGUCGAGAAUCGUUUUUUCACCAUUUAUUUUCACGAUCUAUGACUUGGGAAUACAGGGGGUUACAAGGGGUUACAGGGGAUUACAAGGGGUUACAAGGGGGUACAACGGUUUACAGAGGUUAACAAGGGGUUAGAAAGGGUGACAGGGGGUGACAAUCGGUUGCAGGGGGUUACAAAGGAUUAUAGAAACUUUUUUCUAACUAGAACGUUAUCAGAUACUUUUUCUUGGUCUAUUUUGCAUAAAAAUCAAAGUUGAAGAAAUCUCUAAUUUUUGAUCAAAACCAUAGAUUAACCCCUUUGGAAAAAUUCUAAUUUUGCGUUUUUGGUAAACAGUUGUUUUUAUAGUCUUUAAAGGCUUCUUUUUUAUCUAGAACGUCAGCAAACACUUUUUUGCGAUGUAUUUUUGAUAAAUACAAAAGAUAAAAAAAAAUUUAACUUUUUGACCAAAACCAUGGACUAUCCCCUUUGCAAAAAUGCCAAUUUUGCCUUCUUUUUAAAUCCAUGUUUAUAUUGUCUAGAAAGGCUUGUUUUCCAACGACAACGUCACCAAAUACUUUUUCUGGGUGUAUUUUGCAUAAAACGAAACAUUCACAAAAUUUCCAAUUUUUGACCAAAACCAUGGACUAACCCCUUUGCAAAAAUGCCAAUUUUCUGGGUUUUUGAAAAGGAUGUUUUUCUUGUUCAGAAAGGCUUCUUUGGUAUACAAAACGUCGAAAAUCGUUUUUUCACGAUUUAUUUUCCAAUCUAUGACAUGGGAAUACAAGGGGUUACAAGGGGUUACAGAGGGUUACAAGGGGUUACAAGGGGUUACAAGGGGUGACAGGGGGUGACAAGGGGUUACAGGGGGUUACAGAGGAUUAUAGAAACUUUUUUCUCUCCAGAACGUUACCAGAUACUUUUUCUUGGUCUAUUUUGCAUAAAAAUCAAAGUUAAAGAAAUCUCUAAUUUUUGAUCAAAACCAUGGACUAACCCCUUUGGAAAAAUUCUAAUUUUGCGUUUUUCGUAAACAGUUGUUUUUAUACUCUUUAAAGGCUUCUUUUUUAUCUAGAACGUCAGCAAACACUUUUUCUCCAUCUAUUUUUGAUAAAUACAAAAGAUGAAAAAACUUCAACUUUUUGACCAAACUCAUGCACGAUAUCCUUUGCAAAAAUGCCAAUCUUGCUUUCUUUUUAAAUCCAUGUUUAUAUUGUCAAGAAAGGCUUGUUUUCUAUUGACAACGUCACCAAAUACUUUUUCUGGGUGUAUUUUGCAUAAAACGAAACGUUCACAAAAUUUCCAAUUUUUGACCAAAACCAUGGACUAACCCCUUUGAAAAAAUGCCAAUUUUGUGGGUUUUUGAAACCGAUGUUUUUCUUGUUCAGAAAGGCUUGUUUGCUAUACAAAACGUCGAAAAUCGUUUUUUCACGAUUUAUUUUCACGAUCUAUGACAUGGGAAUACAGGGGGUUACAAGGGGUUACAGAGGGUUACAAGGGGUUACAAGGGGUUACAGGGGGUUACAAGGGGUUACAAGGGGUGACAGGGGGUGAGAAGGGGUUACACUGGGUUACAAAGGACUAUAGAAACUUUUUUCUAUCUAGAACGUUUCCAGAUACUUUUUCUUGGUCUAUUUUGCAUAAAAAUCAAAGUUGAACAAAUCUCUAAUUUUUGAUCAAAACGAUGGGCUAACCCCUUUGGAAAAAUUCUUAUUUUGCGUUUUUCGUAAACAAUCCUUUUUAUAGUCUUUAAAGGCUUCUUUUUUAUCUAGAACGUCAGCAAACACUUUUUCUCCAUCUAUUUAUGAUAAAUACAAAAGAUGAAAAAACUUCAACUUUUUGACCAAAAUCAUGGACUAUCCCCUUUGCAAAAAUGCCAAUUCUGCCUUCUUUUUUAAUCCAUGUUUAUAUUGUCUAGAAAGGCUUGUUUUCAAACGAGAACGUCACCAAAUACUUUUUCUGGGCCUAUUUUGCAUAAAACGAAACGUUCACAAAAUUUCCAAUUUUUGACCAAAACCAUGGACUAACCCCUUUGCAAAAAUGCCAAUUUUGUGGGCGUUUGAAACCGAUGUUUUUCUUGUUCAGAAAAGCUUCUUUGCUAUAUAAAACGACGAAAAUCGUUUUUUCACGAUUUAUUUUCUCGAUCUAUGACAUGGGAAUACAGGGGGUUACAAGGGGUUACAGGGGGUUACAAGGGGUUACAAAGGGUUACAAGGGGUUACAAGGGUUACAGGGGGUUACAAGGGGUUACAAGGGGUGACAGGGGGUGACAAGGGGUUACAAGGGGUUACAAAGGAUUAUAGAAACUUUUUUCUAACUAGAACGUUCCCAGAUACUUUUUCUUGGUCUAUUUUGCAUAAAAAUCAAAGUUAAAGAAAUCUCUAAUUUUUGAUCAAAACCAUGGACUAACCCCUUUGGAAAAAUUCUAAUUUUGCGUUUUUCGUAAACAGUUGUUUUUAUACUCUUUAAAGGCUUCUUUUUUAUCUAGAACGUCAGCAAACACUUUUUCUCCAUCUAUUUUUGAUAAAUACAAAAGAUGAAAAAACUUCAACUUUUUGACUAAAAUCAUGGACUAUCCCCUUUGCAAAAAUGCCAAUUUUGCCUUCUUUUUAAAUCCAUGUUUAUAUUGUCUAGAAAGGCUUGUUUUCUAACGAGAACAUCACCAAAUACUUUUUCUGGGUGUAUUUUGCAUAAAACGAAACGUCCACAAAAGUUUAAAUUUUUGACCAAAACCAUGGACUAACCCCUUUGCAAAAAUGCCAAUUUUGUGAGUUUUUGAAACCGAUGUUUUUCUUGUUCAGAAAGGCUUGUUUGCUAUAUAAACGUCGAAAAUCGUUUUUUUCACGAUUUAUUUUCUCGAUCUAUGACAUGGGAAUACAAGGGGUUACAAGGGGUUACAGGGGAUUACAAAGGGGUUACAAGGGGUUACAGGGGGUUACAGCGGGUUAGAAGGGGUUACAAGGGGUGACCGGGGGUGACAAUGGGUUACAGGGGGUUACAAAGGAUUAUAGAAACUUUUCUCUAAUUUUGUGGGUUUUUGAAACCGAUUUUUUUCUUGUUCAGAAAGGCUUGUUUGCUAUAUAAAACGUCGAAAAUCGUUUUUUCACGAUUUAUUUUCACGAUCUAUGACAUGGGAAUACAGGGGGUUACAAGCGGUUACAGGGGGUUAGAAGGGGUUACAAGGGGUUAAAAGGGGUUACAAGGGAUGACAGGGGGUGACAAGGGCUUACAGGGGGUUAGAAAGGAUUAAAGAAACUUUUUUCUAACUAGAACGUUCCCAGAUACUUUUUCUUGGUCUAUUUUGCAUAAAAAUCAAAGAUGAAGAAAUCUCUAAUUUUUGAUCAAAACGAUCGACUAACCCCUUUGGAAAAAUUCUAAUUUUGCGUUUUUCGUAAACGGUUGUUUUUAUAGUCUUUAAAGGCUUCUUUUUUAUCUAGAACGUCAGCAAACACUUUUUCUCCAUCUAUUUUUGAUAAAUACAAAAGAUGAAAAAACUUCAACUUUUUGACCGAAAUCAUGGACUAUCCCCUUUGCAAAAAUGCCAAUUUUGCCUUUUUUUUAAAUCCAUGUUUAUAUUGUCUAGAAAGGCUUGUUUUCUAACGAGAACAUUACCAAAUACUAUUUCUGGGUUUAUUUUGCAUAAAACGAAACGUUCACAAAAUUUCCAAUUUUUGACCAAAACCAUGGACUAACCUCUUUGCAAAAAUGCCAAUUUUGUGGGUUUUUGAAACCGAUGUUUUUCUUGUUCCGAAAGGCUUGUUUGCUAUAUAAACGUCGAAAAUCGUUUUUUCACGAUUUAUUUUCACGAUCUAUGACAUGGGAAUACAGGGGGUUACAAGGGGUUACAGGGGGCUACAAGGGG